AUGGUAGACACAACCUCGGAUGCCGCAGCAUCUGUGGUGGCAACGGUGCUUCCUUCCAUGAACCCUCCACUGUUUUUUGAGAUAGUAGAAGAUCAAGUCUAUCGCUCAAACAAGUGUGAUGCGUCGUCCUUCUCGUUCCUGGCUACAUUACAGCUCAACACAGUGGUGUACCUCUCGUAUGACGAUCUCUCGCGCGAUCUAGCCGCCUUUUUUGCCGAAAAGGAAAUCAACGUGAUUCACCUGGGCAUGAAAUAUCGCACAGCGUCGUCACAGUGGAAGGGCAUUUCAGAAGGUAUGGCCAAAGAGGCCAUCGAGUGUAUUUUGGACCAGAGGCUCCACCCGAUUUUAAUUAUGUGCAAAACUGGAGUGCAUUUUGCUGGUACAAUGAUUGGCUGUCUUCGACGUCUACAGAACUGGAGCUUGACGUCGACUAUUGACAAGUAUCGAAAUAUCGCUGGUAGCGUCAAAACGCGAUUCGAAAACGAACAAUUCAUCGAGCUAUUCGAUGUCGACUUAGUCACUUUGCCGCAUCAACUACCAUCAUGGUUUAUUGUUCACCAACGACUCACGGAAGAGGAACGAAUAGCUCUAACUAAAGGCGAGUUUUUCCCAGGUAAAUCUUCUGACAAGGGAGAAAAUCGAAUUGAGACGAAGACGAUUCCGCAGAUUGAGUUUGAGACCUACGCGAAAAACGAAAAGUCUACAAUCGAGGAGUCACCGUUAGAAGCUGCAGAUUCUCCAAUAUUGGCGUAUCAAAAAUAUUUCUUUUGCUUGCAGGGCCCGCUCGUGUCGCCGUCUGUAAAGUUUUCGGAAAAGAAAAGUAUAAUCGGUGACGAUGACGAUGAUUAA